UUAGGAGCUCUGGUAAGAAUCGUUUUGACUACAGUUAGGUUUGUGAUCUGACGUUUAAAAUGUUUAUGAUUAAUUGUUAAUUAUCUGUUUUGUAAACUGUCUCGUGCCAAGGUGUCAUGGAUCUGUGUGUGACCAUCAAAGGCGUCUCCUUCAUCUUGCAAACAGGUCUGGGCAUCUUGGGGAACGCCGUGGUGCUCCUGGCGUACGCCAGCCUGAGCUCUGAAACGAAGCUCCUUCCUGUGGACACGAUCCUGUGCCACCUGGCCUUUGCCAACCUGCUGCUGCUGCUGACCCGCUGCGUGCCCCAGACCAUGACCGUGUUCGGGCUGAGGGACCUCCUGAGCGACCCUGGGUGUAAGGUGGUGAUCUAUGCCUACCGGGUCAGUCGGGCGUUGUCGGUCUGCAUCACCUGCAUGCUCAGUGUGUUCCAGAUGGUGACGAUCGCCUCUGCUGGGCCCCGUCUGUCCAGGCUGAAGCCCGCUCUCCCCUCGCUGGUCUAUCCCACGUUCGCAGGACUCUGGCUCCUCAACAUGGCCGUUUGCAUCGCGGCCCCGUUCUUCUCCACGGCUCCACGUAACGGCACUAUCCCUGCCUUCACCCUCAACCUUGGCUUCUGUCACGUAAACUUCAAAGACCACCUGUCCUACGUUAUUAACGGCGUGGCCGUCUCUGGGCGGGAUUUUGCCUUUGUUGCCCUGAUGGUGGGCUCCAGCGGUUACAUCCUCUUCCUCCUCCACUGCCACAGCAAACAGGUGAAGGGGAUYCGUCGCUCUCGGGGCGGCGGGACCGAGACCAGAGCAGCCAAGACGGUGCUCGCCCUGGUAGUGCUCUACGUGGUCUUCUUCGGCAUCGACAACGUGAUCUGGAUCUACAUGCUGACGGUGUCAAAGGUCUCACCGCUGGUGGCUGACAUGAGGGUCUUCUUCUCGUCCUGCUACGCGUCACUCAGUCCGUAUUUCAUAAUAUCCUCGAACAAAAAGGUCACGGGGAAGAUUGUGUGUUCGGCAGAGCGUGAGCAGCCGUUAGUGGACACUCAGGACUCAAAUGAUAAAUGAGGCUGUUUCUGGUUUGACAGCUUGCUGACUGAACUGCAGGGCGUCAGGGUAGUUCUCCCACAAAUCUUAUCCUUAACACAGAUUACUGGCAUUUAGCACACUGGCACAUUUAGCAUCAAAAAGCACUGUCUCAUAGUGGUUGUAAUAAACAUACAAUAAUAUGUUUAGCUAAAAAAAAAAGUGUAAAUACAAAGUUUUAUCUUCCUGUAGUGUUUUUGUUUAUCACCCAGUUAAAAUUUAUGCUAUAAAAUCAUUGAGUUUUGAAAUCCCUAUACUGACAAAACAAAAAAUAGCAUUGUCUCAGCUUCUUAUGUCAUGGGUAGGUGCUAGUCUAACCUACAUACUCACAUAUUAAACCCAAAUUAAUUUGCUGUUGUGGACUUCAAACCUGUUUCAGAUCUUGUUUCAUGUCCUACUGUAUGUUUUAGGUUAACAACAAUAAAUACAUUUGCAAUCAA